AUGUCUGGAUCUAUGUUUCCAACCAUUACUCGCACACCUUUGACGAAACAGGAUACUCAUACCGCACGUCUUGACAGGUCGGUAACUGAGCGCGAACGCCGUUCUGGAUCGAAUGAUGGGGCCUUUUCGAAACGUGUUAAGGCUGUAGACGACAUCCAUCUGGACAAUCAGCGAAGCGAGAUUGAGAAAUACUUUGCCCACCUUGCCCAGGCUGAACAGUACAAGGCUAAUUCUGCCCAUGUGCAUGAAGAUGUUGGGUACAUCACGGAUACUGCACUGCUUGCAAAUGAGGUUCGUCACUAUGCUCAGUACGGCCGACGUCGUCGAGCAGCCGCGUUUCUACGGCGAUUUGAUUUGUACACGAUGGACUCCUCUUUUCUCCGUGACGCAUACAUGGUUUGCGGGAUGCUAGAUCACGAAGCUCUUUAUGAGACACUUAUGAGGCGCCAAGUUGCGGGACACGCAGACGCACGCAUCACACUUCGUAAGGGACUCUGGGAGAAUGGAGCCGCUGUGUCUGCAGACAUCCGCGAUCCUAGGUCUUUCAUACCAAUCCCCCUUCGUUUGACCCUCAUUACAGAGAUGGACAUUACCUACUCCGAAGAAGAACUCGACUUCUUCGUGGAUCGGGAUGACUAUCUUCGCACGAAUGUCCCUGGCGUAUUUGCCAACUUGGAAUUCGAGAACGAGUGUCUUUGUUAUUCCAAGGGUCGGUUUCUGAUGAAUAGGUGUUGGACGAAGACGCAACCUGAUGGUUCGGUGGUUGAGUUAUUCGAAGGAUAUAUGGAGAUGAAGGUACGCAACGGGACGUACUUUCUCGCGGACCGUGGAGAAGAUAUCAACAUGAUUGAGCAUGCUUUUUGGGCUAUUCGUUAUGGUAAUGAGGUGGAUUUAGAUGAUAUGAACGUAGUAGAAGAGGGUACCCUUGACUGA